GGAGUUGAAAACCUUUUGUGAAGCGAACUCUUUGAGUUUGAAACCACUGAGAGAAUCUACUGGAAAGCGGAUCUUGUUGGAGAACUACAGUACCGGAUACAUCAACUGUUGUGGGAAACCGAGGUGCCUUCAGCAGACCACUGAUGGAGGAAGACCUGCCGAUGGGAGUCGCCCCUGAGUUGGACAACAACCGGCCAGGUGGUGUGAACUACAUCAUUGAGCGUCCUGCACGAGAUGGCCUCCCUGAAGACGACGACGACGAAGGUAAUCUCCCUGUCCACAUCUCUUCUAAUGAGGAAGAGGACGGUGAGGUCGAGAUUGCUGUGGGUGAAGGUGAGGUUGAGCGCAAUGUCUUGGACGAAGUUGUAGUUAGGUUACUGUCAGACAUUGAGGAGGAGGAAGAGGAGGAAGAGGAAGAUUCUGGGUACGAGUCCAUGUGUGAGGAUGAAGAGGACAAUGAAGAGGAUAAUAUCAACGUCAUCAUCAGACCUCGCUCCCCUCUCAACCAGCGGUUCCCACCUCCGAGCUUUUGGCAGGGAUUUCGACGAGGGUUAUCUCCUCCUGUUCGUUUUCACGUUAGCAGUCCUUUCUCCCUCGUCCCUUUUGGUAUUCGUCCUGCGCCGCUAGCGGAACGUCCUGAAGAAGGUCGACCCUCCGUCUGUCAGAGGUCAGAGGUCAGGUCAGAGUCUGUUCCCUCCACCUCAGGCCUCAGCUGCUCCACUAAGAGGAGCAGAGAAGAGGACUGCACAGAGCAGGUGAGUGUGAAGAGGCGGCACGACUGUGAGGACAGCCACGAGGUGCCAGCGCUCUCGUCUUCAGGCCUCGGCUCCUCCACUAAGCGGAGCAGGCAAGAGGAUUACUACAGGUACGGCUUCAGGAGAUACUGGGAGUCUGCGCCUGAUGACAGCGACUCAGAUUCAGACUGAGCGCUGUUUGCUGCAGGAUUGUAAAACCUUUGCCUCUGGCAGGACUGAUAAAGCCCCCAGGCAGCCUUCCCACGCGUCUGACGGGGUUGGAGAUAGGUUGAAUCUUGCACCAGAGCUUUUUUUUUAUAUCUCUUUUAUAUAUUGAAUUCCUUUUGAGACAUAGUUGACAAUGCUAGAUGCUGAUACCAGAGGUGAGUUAUCAAUUAAUGGUUGUUAUUCUGUAAGUAUAGAUGCUAUACCAGACAAAAGUAAGUCAACACUUAACGACAGCAUUAACACAAGUCUCAUUUCAAUUCAAAGAUUGUUUAUUUUACUAACUCUCUAUCUUUUUGUUUUUUAAGUUAGGUUUAAGGUGCUGUACCAGACGGAGGUAUGGUAAUAAUUACUAACAUUAAGACAAGUCUACAAGUCUCUUUUACUCAGGUAUUAGAAACCAACCAGAUAAGAAGGAUGGAGGACUACAGGACCAGAUGAGAAGGAUGGAGGACUACAGGACCUGAGGAGAAGGAUGGAGGACUACAGGACCUGAUGAGAAGGAUGGAGGACUACAGGACCAGACAGAAGGCGGCGGUGCCUUUCUUUCAGUGGGCUCAGGCAGUACUGCUUCGUGUUUUUGGCUCUCCCUUUCCACACAGCUGACUGUCAACACCAUGAUCUCGGAGCCUCCUGGAGUAACUUAAACGCACCAAAAUGGAAGAAAACGACCUGUAACCACCCCGGAUGUAUUCAGAGAAGGGCUGUAACCAACUGAGAUCAACUAAAGCCAGGCUGGCAUGUCCCACUGACUAGCUCACGGCCACCGCUCUGCACUGCUCUCAUACGGCGGUUACAGCUGAUAACGCCAUCCCGACUGACGGCCCCGUGAUGGAAGCGCAGCACCGACCCUCCGGUUCCCCCUCAGCCAAGAAGUACGACACUGAGUAACCACAACGCAACAAGAUUAAUCUGACAUGACAGCGGCUCCCCAGCAUCUAGCUAUUUGUCUAGACGUCUCCCUAAUUUGAAGUGGUUUACAGCAAUUUAUUAAAACUCAUGAAGUCACUGU